AUGGCAUUUCGCCUUGGUGUUCUCUGCCUGCUGCUCUGGGCAAUAACAGGUUCCAGUUGUGAGCAUUGCCAAGAGGGAGCCACGUACUCAGGUGCAGUAAUAUCUCCCAACUUAGGAACAACUAAAAUGAUGCGAGUUCCUCAUGCUAUGUCAGUAUCCGACUGCAUCGCAGCAUGUUGUGACCUCUCUGGUUGUGACUUGUCAUGGAUGUUUGGACAACGCUGUUACAUCAUAAGCUGCCAACACAAAGAGAACUGUGAACCUAAAAAAAUGGAAAACGUCAAGUCCUAUCUUACUUUUGUGCUGAGGCCUUCUCAGAGGACAGUCUCGCUGCUAGAAUUUGGGCAAGUGAUCCCAAGCAUGGUCGACUCUGUGGGACUCAAGAAUGAGCUGUCUGAGGAAGUGAGUAGCCUGAAGGAGCUGUCUGUGUUUGGCAAAGAUCCCAGCCUUGAGGAGAUACCUGAAUACAUUGAUGAUUAUGAAACUUUGGAGCAGGACCCCUUUCAGGUGAGCAUCAAACAUGAGCAGAAGGAGAGCACGGAUUAUGGUGACUGGGGCCCGAUGGUGGCAGGUGAAAACAGUUUCAACUCUUCAGUGGAUGAUGGUGGAGAUAACCAGGAAGACUUUGCUGAGAAGAAAGGGGAGACUGGGAAGGUGGAAAGCCUUUUGAAUAAAAACAGCUCUGAAUUGAGCUCUGUUACUGAACGCUCCAUAGAGAGAAGGUCUUCUCUCCCAGAGAUUGCACCAUUCCACAGGAGAACGUCUGAAAACAGAGCAGCUGUUCAACUUCUUGCACAACCUGAUGAUGCUUUGCAAAAAGAGACUGCUACGCCUUCCCUUUCUUUGGACAAACUGGAUUUUUCCUCAGGUGCGUCAGAGAAAACCCAGGAUCCUACAAUGGCCCCAGAGAAUGUCACUGAAGGUGGGAUCAUGCUACUUGCCACUGGCACUGUGUCAUCUGAGCCCACGCAGCAAUUCACACCACCUGCUACCACUGCCAAAGCAGAAAAUAACACUCCUCCAGUAGCAGUGGCCGGCCCUGACAAGGAAUUGACCUUCCCAGUAGAAAGUGUUACACUGGAUGGCAGCAAAAGCCAAGAUGACCAAGGCAUUGUCUUCUAUCAUUGGGAAAAUAUCAGUGGACCAAGCUCUGUACAGAUGGAAAAUGGCAACAAAGCAAUAGCAACUGUGACUGGUCUUCAGAUUGGUACCUAUCGCUUCAGGCUGACCGUGAAAGACCAACAGGGCUUAAGCAGUGCAUCUGUGCUAUCUAUUACUGUGAAGGAAGAAAACAACAGUCCACCCCGGGCGCAUGCUGGUGGGAAGCACGUUCUAGUGCUUCCAAAUAACUCUGUUACCUUGGAUGGUUCAAGGUCUUCUGAUGACCAGGGGAUUGUGUCGUAUUUGUGGAUUCGGGAUGGUCAGAGCCCAGCAGCUGGGGAUGUGAUCCAUGGCUCAGACCACGAGGCAGUACUGCAGCUGACUAAUCUGGUGGAGGGAAACUAUACAUUUCACUUGAAAGUGAUGGAUGCCAACGGAGACUCAGAUAUUGAUUCAGCAACUGUUGAAGUGCGGCCUGAUCUCAGAAGGAGUGGUCUGGUGGAGCUGAUUCUGCAAGUUGGAGUGGGACAGCUGAGUGAACAGCAGAUGGACACCCUGGUGAGACAGCUGGCUGUAUUGCUGAAUGUUUUGGAUUCAGAUAUCAAAGUUCAGAAGAUAGAAGCCUAUUCAGAUACAAGCACUGCGGUUGUGUUCUACGUGCAGAACGGGCAUCCUUCCAAGGUGAUCGAGGCAUCAGAUGUCUCGCGAGCUCUGCAUGUGCAGCUUUUGAAAAAGAAGGCUGACUUUCUACUCUUCAAAGUCCUGCGGGUUGACACGGCUGCUUGUCUUUUAAAAUGCUCUGGACAUGGACACUGUGACCCCAUAACAAAGCGCUGCAUUUGCAACCAGCUGUGGAUGGAAAGCUUGAUUCAUCGUUACCUAAAUGAUGGAGAGAGUAAUUGUGAGUGGAGUAUACUCUGUGUGACUGUAUCUGUUUUUAUUUUGGUUGGCGUCAUGGUAGCGCUUGCCUGGUUCUGCAUCCGCUUCUACAAGAGCACACAGAGGACGAAGAUAAGAAAGAAAACAAAAUAUACCAUGCUAGAUAGCAUAGAUGAGCAGGAGAGAAUGGAGCUGCAACCCAAAUGUGGUAUAGAACAUAGAAGUACCAAACACGACUCCUGUCUGAUGGUCUCUGAGUCAGAGUUUGACAGUGAUCAGGUCACUAUCUUCAGCAGAGAAAAGAUGGAAAGAGAGAAUCCUAAAACCCUCAUGAAUGGAUCCGUCAGAAAUGGAGUUUACUUCAACUACAGCUCCAAAGACAGAUAA